GUCAUAAUGGUAUCCAUCCCAGAAUACUACGAAGGAAAGAAUGUCCUUCUCACGGGGGCUACUGGCUUCAUGGGAAAAGUGCUUCUGGAAAAGCUACUGAGGUCCUGCCCUAAAGUGAAAGCGGUUUAUAUAUUGGUGAGACAUAAAGCAGGACAGACACCUCAAGCACGAAUGGAAGAAAUGAUAAGCUGUAAGCUCUUUGACAGGUUAAGGGAUGAACAGCCUGAAUUUAAAGAGAAAAUAAUUGCAGUUACUAGUGAACUUACGCAAUCUGAACUGGACCUUAGUGAACAGGACAAAGAAAAGCUCAUAGACUGCAUUAAUAUUGUAUUCCAUUGUGCUGCUACCGUCAGGUUCAAUGAAACGCUAAGAGAUGCUGUGCAGUUAAAUGUGAUUGCCACACAACAGCUCAUCAUCUUGGCCCAGCAAAUGAAGAAUUUGGAGGUGUUCAUACAUGUUUCAACAGCAUAUGCAUAUUGCAAUCGAAAGCACAUUGAAGAAAUCAUAUAUCCACCCCCUGUUGACCCCAAGAAACUGAUAGAUUCUUUAGGGUGGAUGGAUGAUGGUCUAGUGAAUGACAUUACUCCGAAACUGAUAGGAGACCGGCCUAAUACUUACACAUAUACAAAAGCCUUAGCAGAAUAUGUUGUGCAGCAGGAAGGUGCAAAAUUAAACAUAGCUAUUAUACGACCAUCGAUUGUUGGUGCUAGCUGGAAGGAGCCUUUCCCUGGAUGGAUUGAUAACUUUAAUGGGCCCAGUGGUCUCUUUAUUGCGGCAGGAAAAGGAAUUCUUCGAACAAUGAGAGCCUCCAACAGUGCAGUUGCAGAUCUUGUUCCAGUAGAUGUAGUUGUCAACACAACACUGGCUGCUGCUUGGUAUUCUGGAGUUAAUAGGUAUAGCAGACCAAGAAACAUUAUGGUGUACAACUGCACAACAGGUGGCACCAAUCCUUUCCACUGGGGUGAAGUUGAAUACCAUGUAAUUUCCACUUUCAAGAGGAAUCCUCUCGAACAGGCCUUCAGACGGCCCAAUGUAAAUCUAACCUCCAAUCACCUUUUAUAUCAUUACUGGAUUGCUGUAAGCCAUAAGGCCCCAGCAUUCCUGUAUGAUAUCUACCUCAGGAUUACUGGAAGAAGCCCAAGGAUGAUGAAAACAAUAACCCGUCUUCACAAGGCCAUGAUGUUAAUAGAGUACUUUACAAGCAAUUCUUGGAUUUGGAACACUGAGAAUGUCAAUAUGCUAAUGAAUCAGCUAAGUCUUGAAGACAAAAAGGUGUUUAAUAUUGAUGUUCGACAGUUACACUGGGCAGAAUACAUGGAGAACUACUGUAUGGGAACUAAGAAGUAUGUAUUGAAUGAGGAAAUGUCUGGCCUCCCUGCAGCUAGGAAACACUUGAAGAAGUUAAGGAAUAUACGUUACGGCUUCAAUACAGUCCUUGUGAUCCUGAUCUGGCGUAUUUUUAUUGCAAGAUCACAAAUGGCAAGAAACAUCUGGUACUUUGUGGUUAGUUUGUGUUACAAGUUCCUGUCCUACUUUAGAGCAUCCAGUACUAUGAGAUACUGAAGAGAAUAAUUUUAGCAUUAGGACAUCUAUGCAUAUGGUGGACUAACUGCACAAAGCCUGUAAAAUGUACUUAGUCAUCUCAUCUUUUGUAAAAAUAUGAAAUUUAAAACCUGGAGUGUGAAAUAUUCAGUACAGUGUAUGUAAUGUUUAAUUGUGUAUUCCCAUGAAGAUAUAGCGAAUAAAACAGUUGAAAUAUCAGAUCAGAUUGGCAUUAGACAAAUGUGUUAGCAUUACAAACAAACAAAAAUCCACAGCAAGUUUAUUUCUUUGGCUUGGCAGAAAAAUUUGAACCGCUGACCAAUAUAACUGUGCAAAUCUGGAAAGCAUUUGAUUAAAGUCUGCCUUAACAAUUAACUUCUCAUUUUAUUUGUUGUUGUAAAUAGGCACAUUCAGUAAGAACAAAAUAUUGUUUGUAGAUUUAUUUAUUUGAGACUCUCCUGUAUUAGUGAGUUUUAUCCCUUUACAAGCCCAUACGAGUGACUGUGGAUCUUUGUAAAUUACUGAUGGCUCCUCUGCUCUUCAUUUUUAUCAUCUUUCCUUCACUUCUUUCCUCAAAGAUUGUAAGGAUAUGAUGUAGACUCCUUCACUGAAAGAAAUACAUCCCUCUUAAUUGAAAGGCUGAUCUAGUCUUCAGAAUGCACACACUGAUUAAGUCUGCUCUUAGAUACUGUCAUGAAAUUACUAUUAAAGUCAGAUCAGUGAAAACUAUUUGCAUGUCUGAAAGCUGAAUCAAAGCUUAUAUUGAAGAAAAAAAGAAAAGGAACUCUAACACUGAAAAGAACAGAUCUGCAAGUUAUUGAACUUACUUGCCCUAAAUGAUGGCUUGAUUAGGAACACAGAGACCAUGCUUUUUUAAAUGCAAACCUGAUUCAAGAUUAACCUAUUCCAGAGACAUUUCCAUAUCCUUUGCUACUUUUUAUAUUACCAAAAUUUAAAAAAAUAUUCUAAGACAGAUUAUAUAUACUCCAUCAGAUUAAAAUGGUUUAGCAAGGUAUGCUACCUCCAAGAAUUAUCAUUUCAACAACAUUCUCUUAAUAUGUGAAGAAUUGAAGUUAAGAUUUAAGUACAAAGAUACAGCACAAACCUACAUUUCACUGGAGAGGUAGGGGGAAGAGGAAUCCUACUUCAGGACUUAAGUACAUCUUAAGACAUUUUUUUAACCUCACAAUAUUUAGUAGCACACUCUUGGAUAAAAUUGAAGAAAUAUCUUUCUGCAUGUCAGUUUUAUUAGUGGGAGAAAUACAUAUUUAACUGCAAAAACAGCUGAAUUCUACUUUAAUACAACACUUAAUGAUUUUCCCUUUAAAUCUCAAUGGCCUAUAAUUCUGUUUUAAAACAUUUUUAACAUUGCUUUUAUUUGACAAACUGCCUGCACACACCUACAUGGUAUUUUCUCAUUAAAAUGUUUGUUUGUGCUGUAGUUAAAUCCCGUACAUUUUUGAAUACACCUGGAAAGGGUAAAUUUUGAAUUAAUUAUACAAAAAUUGCAAAAACAUGUAUACAUAUUUGUUUUCUUAUCACAUUUGAAGUGUGUAAUGAGCUUAUUUUGCUGUUCUUGUGAAAAGCUAACUUUAAAGAAAAACGCUUUAUUUCACAUGGGCAUAUAUCUAAUUUUGAAAGAAAAUGACUUUGUUGAAGCUAAAUACUAUGUAGUGAGUAUCUUAACCAUUAGCUCCUUUUGAAGGUACUUGUGUAUAUAUUCUUUACGUUGAUAAACUCUCAUGGUCUAGGACCACACUACGAAGUGUGAGAGACCUCCGAUAAUGAUUGAAACUAUAAUAAAUUUUGGCUUUUGCGAUUCGAGGUAUUACACUUAACUGUAAUAUCCCUAAUGUAUUUUUAUAACUACCUCCCUAUGAAUUUUCUGUUGUUCCACUUGAAAAUAUAGUAAUGAUAAAAUGUAGACUUUCUGCAGAAAGUGCCUGGAAUCUUAUUGACCCACUUUUUUCCAUUCUUGGUAUGUAGGUGAACUUGAAAAGAGGCACAAAUGUAUCAAGAUUGUGAAAUUAAUAGUAAAACAACUUUUUUCCUCUCUGCAACCAUAACUUGUUUUUUACAUUGUUCCUUUAAUAAUACUUUCUUUAAUAGCUGAGAACUAUGAACCUACUGAGUUGAUUUUCUUGUCCAUAAUACUCUUAAGGAUUGUAUAAAUAAAUUACUGAAGUAACUACGUCUCACUUUGGGCGUAAGGUCGCUAAUAUUUCCUGUAUAAAUGUUACCAUUUAAAAAACCCAGGCUUUUCUCCAUAAUUGAAGCUAUGGUUAGCUGUGGAUUACUAUUUUUAUUUUAUAUACACUCAUCAGUCAUCCUGUGAAUUGAUGAUAACUUAUGGCAUUAAAUACAUUUGUUCAUUCCACGUGAAUCAUCCAUUAAAAUUGUAUCUGAAGGCACUUUUUUCCAUAUAGGAUACUAAUAUUUUUCAUAUUAAUGUUUUCAGUUUUCUGUUUCCAGAACUAUAAAAAGAACAUACUAGGUCUAUAUUUUGAUACCAUAAGAUUAAUAUGUCCUGUAACUCACUAAAUAACAGUGAAAUCUGACAUGUUAAGUAAGAGAGAGAGCAGUCUGAAAACAAAUGGUCAUUAAACGGGUAUAUCCGUAUCUAAAAUAUGGGACCAAGGGAAAAGUGCUUUUUCCUAUCAUGGGAUUUUCUGUCAUAGGAACAUACUAAGAGAAAUGUUAAAUCUGUAAGCUUUUAUAAAACAUACAUAGAAACAUUGGGUGCCUUUGUUUGUAAACCAAAAAUAAACAAAUCCCUUAAA